AUGGCAAGCCAAAGCGGAGUGCUUCGGGCAGCCGUGUCGUACCAGAAGCUGCCGGGCACGCUCAGUAUCGACAGCCGUCACCUCUCAUGGGCGCCCUCUUCGAGCUCCUCUUCGGGCUCUUCCCUCCACGUCCUCCUGACUCACAUUGUUGGCCUGAGCGUCUCCAAAGCAGGCGCUAGCACUACUGCGAUGGGUAUCGCACUAUCACCAGAUACGCCCGGUGCCGGAGGCAAGACCAAGGUCAUGCUCUAUUUCACACCGGACACGAACGGCGAUGGUGGAGAAGUGCAGCGGCGAGAUCAGGUCAAGGAUCAUUUGAGCCCCAUUGUCGCCGAGAAUAAGGAAAAACAAGCCGCGCAGCAAACCUCUGCAGCUGCAUCACCCGCACCUGCCGCUGCUCCUGAUUCUGCUCACGCCCUUGCCUCCUCAACAGCCGUAUCAGCGACAGUCUCUGGCAAAAGCUCGAGGGCAGCGGCGUCCCCAGCGACUGGACAAUCGUCCACGCCCAAUAACAAGGCGAAGAACAGAGUGACGGAGCUGGACUUGAGGUACAGCGUGCUACGAGCUAAUCCGCAGCUCGCUUCGCUGCAUCGCGAUCUGGUCAUGUCGGGAGAGUUGAAGGACGCGGAGUUUUGGGAUCAUCCUACAAGAAAAGCGCUUCUCAGUGCAGAGAGGGCUGCUGCUGAGCAAACGUCGGGGCGCAACGCGCGCAUCGCAGACCCGAGACCGAGGACGGACGAGCGGGGAGAGAUGAGGGUGGAGAUCACGCCACAGCUGAAAAGGGACCUCUUUGAGCAGUAUCCAGUCGUGCGCAGAGCGUGGGAGGAAAAUGUACCCAAAGUGGUGAGUGCAGACCCGCUCUAAGGUGGUUAAGAGGGGUACUGACCGAGUGGGCGGGCCUGCUCAUCACAGAUGGAUGAAGCCGCAUUCUGGACUCGCUACUUUCAAUCUCGCCUCUACCAUCGCUUGCGCACCUCUGCCAGAUCGGCGGCCAAUGCUCACAUCUUCAGAGAGGAUGAUAUAUUUGACAAGUAUCUCGAGCAGAACGAAGAUGAUCGUGAGUUACGCGCGUGCAUGUGAGCCAGACCGGUCAUCGUGAAUGCUCAUGCAGACUCCCUAUCUUGCAGAGAUCGAACCUCGCAAGGAGCACAACGCACACGACGCGCUCCUCGAUUUGGGUGCCACUGCAGAAGAUCACCAAGAGACGGGCAACUUGGCAGACUACACGAUGCGAGGGGGAACAAAGACGGCGCUACCUCUCUUGCGCCGCUUCAAUGAACACAGUGCUAGUCUCUUGGACGAUGCACUUGGCGCUCAGGAGGAUGUGGAGGGCAACAAAAGGCGCAAAAUUGGUGUCGAUCAAGACUAUGGUGGCGCCACGCACGGGCGCUAUUGGGACAGCAUCCACAUGAUGGACCUUGACGAGGAGGGCGAGGCAAGAGGCAUCCCAUUAGACCUCACUAGACAAAAGGAAAUGUUUGAGAAGAGAGCGCGUGGCACUACUGAUCUGGGCCCCGAUGCGCUUACCGAUGAGGUGCGUCGCCGUCUUUCCGCAAAGUCUCUCCGCAGAUGAUGGCACUCAUCGCUGGACUUGCUUCCGCACCUGCCAGCAACUACAAGCAGCACUCCAUAGCUGUCUUACAGCGCUGCCUUCUGUCUUGAAUCACAAGCUGGGCGAUUUCAAGCCCACGAGCAGCGCUGGCGGAAUGAAGGUAAUGCUGAAUUCGAUCAAGGCCAAAUCGGCCGCGCGCGCGAGCUCGAGGGCCGGUGAGUGGCUACGAAACUACCUCACAACAGCAAUCCUUGGCACCCAGCCGCUGACUGAAUCUUUGCAAUGCACUGCGUGCCACAUCCAGAAAUCGUGCCUGAUGCUAUCUUGAAGUCGGUGAUGUCGCACCAAGCAGCCGUCAACGAAUUCCUGCGCCAGUACUGGGCGGCCUUGUCACAGCAACCCGCUAGAGCUGCUCGUAUGCUCGCAGCGAUUGGGCGAUUGCGCGAGCAAGGGCUGAAGGUCGAACGAGAGGCUGAAGCCGCCCUUCCGGGGCAAGGAAGCGAGCGAGUGCGCAUGGUAUGUGUCGCGGGUCUUUGAACUUGAUCAUCGAGACGACUCCGACUGACCUAGGGUCUGGUCUGCUCACUCCCUAGCUGAUGGCUCCCACGCUACAAGCAGUCACCCGGGCCAUGAGCAUCAGUUCCAAGUCAUCUGCAUAG